GAUUUUUGGCACAUACUGUCAUACACAAAGUUCCUAAAAUAAAAUGCUCCAGGAUAUCCCAGGAACUCUUCGAAGGCUUUAAAAAGGGGCUCGCACACUGCAAGAGUAUCUUUGAUGAAGACAGUUCAGGCGAGGAGAAUGAUUAUUGCAAAAGAACGAUGUGAUUCAUUGAGAUCUUGAAGUGGGUCCGGAGAAUCCUUUGCCACCUAACUUAUCAUGGUUUGGGGGAGUUUGACGAGAAUCCAGUUUUGAUAAAGACAAUUGUUUUUUCUUCCCCAAGUGACUAUACAUUUAAAUAGCUAAAACAUCUGUUCAGCCACAUAGUAAAACACGUCCACUCGGAACGCCUGAGAGAAGAGCCUGCCAAGCAGUCGGUUGAGAGGGACUUUGCUGGGGGGAGAGCACCAAGAUAAAGCAACCAGUGUUUGUUUUGUCUGGUCGGGGGAGGGGGAGAAAGCCCAGGCAACCAAUAUUUUGGGUUUCUUUUAUUUCAUUUGUGAAGAACUAUUUGAAAAAAGGUGGCAAGAGGACAUUGCCUGACAGGAUUUUUUUUUUUUUUAACCUGUCCAUUAGUAGAAGAGCACGAGAACCUUGGAUGUCAACGCCUAACAGACUCUUGAGAGCAGCCACUAAACCACAAAAAGCGACUUUCUUCUUGCCUGGCUUCUGCGUCUCUCCUGAUGGAGGCAGAAACGGGGAGCGGCAUGGAGAGUGGAAAGAAGGCCAACAGAGGCACUCAAAUUGCCCUGGCUGUGUUUGUUGGUGGCACCCUGGUGCUGGGCACGGUCCUCUUUCUAGUGAGUCAAGGCUUCUUAAGUCUCCAAGCUAAACCUGAGUACUGCCUGAAGCCGGAAUGCAUUGAAGCUGCUGCUUCCAUCUUGAGUAAAGUAAAUCUAUCUGUGGACCCAUGUGAUAAUUUCUUCCGGUUCGCUUGUGAUGGCUGGAUAAACAGUAAUCCAAUUCCUGAAGAUAUGCCAAGCUAUGGGAUUUAUCCUUGGCUGAGACGUAAUGUUGACCUCAAGUUGAAGGCACUUUUGGAGAAAUCAGUCAGUAGAAGGCGGGACACUGAAGCCAUUCAGAAAGCCAAAAUCCUUUAUUCAUCUUGCAUGAAUGAGAAAGCAAUUGAAAAAGCAGAUGCCAAGCCGUUGCUGCACAUCCUGCGACACUCACCUUUCCGCUGGCCUGUGCUCGAGUCUAACAUCGGUCCUGAAGGGGUUUGGUCUGAGAGAAAGUUCAGCCUUCUGCAGACGCUUGCAACGUUUCGUGGCCAGUACAGCAAUUCUGUGUUCAUCCGUUUGUACGUGUCCUCUGAUGACAAGGUGUCCAACGAACACAUCUUGAAGCUGGACCAAGCAGCACUCUCCCUGGCCGUGAGGGAAGACUACCUUGAUAAUAGCACAGAAGCCAAGUCUUAUCGAGAUGCCCUUUACAAGUUCAUGGUGGAUACUGCCGUGCUUUUGGGAGCUAAUAGCUCCCGGGCAGAGCAUGACAUGAAGUCAGUACUUAGAUUGGAAAUUAAGAUAGCUGAGAUAAUGAUUCCACAUGAAAACCGAACCAGUGAGGCCAUGUACAACAAAAUGAACAUUUCCCAGCUGAGUGCUAUGAUCCCCCAGUUUGACUGGCUGGGCUACAUCAAGAAGGUCAUCGAUGUCAGACUCUACCCUGAACUGAAAGACCUUGGCCCCUCCGAGAAUGUCGUGGUCCGUGUCCCUCAAUACUUUAAGGAUUUGUUUAGGAUCUUAGGCUCUGAGAGGAAGAAGACCAUUGCCAACUAUUUGGUGUGGCGGAUGGUUUAUUCCAGAAUUCCAAACCUAAGCAGGCGCUUUCAGUAUAGGUGGCUGGAAUUCUCACGGGUAAUCCAGGGGACCACAACUUUGUUGCCUCAGUGGGACAAAUGUGUAAACUUUAUCGAAAGCACCCUUCCUUAUGUUGUUGGAAAAAUGUUUGUGAAUGUGCACUUCCAGGAAGAUAAGAAGGAAAUGAUGGAGGAAUUGAUCGAGGGUGUUCGAUGGGCCUUUAUUGACAUGCUAGAGAAAGAAAAUGAGUGGAUGGAUGCAGGGACAAAAAGGAAAGCCAAAGAAAAGGCAAGAGCUGUUUUGGCCAAAGUUGGCUAUCCUGAAUUUAUAAUGAAUGACACCUAUGUUAAUGAAGACCUCAAGGCAAUCAAGUUUUCAGAAUCUGACUACUUUGGCAACGUCCUUCAAACCCGCAAGUAUUUAGCACAGACUGAUUUCUUCUGGCUGAGAAAAGCUGUCCCAAAAACAGAGUGGUUUACAAAUCCAACCACAGUCAAUGCCUUCUACAGUGCAUCCACCAACCAGAUCCGAUUUCCAGCAGGAGAGCUCCAGAAGCCUUUCUUUUGGGGAAUAGAAUAUCCUCGAUCUCUGAGUUAUGGUGCUAUAGGAGUAAUUGUUGGACAUGAAUUUACACAUGGAUUUGAUAAUAAUGGUAGAAAAUACGAUAAAAAUGGAAACCUGGAUCCUUGGUGGUCUGUUGACUCAGAAGAAAAGUUUAAGGAAAAAACAAAGUGCAUGAUUAACCAGUAUAGCAACUAUUAUUGGAAGAAAGCUGGCUUAAAUGUGAAGGGGAAGAGGACCCUGGGAGAAAAUAUUGCCGAUAAUGGAGGUCUGCGGCAAGCUUUUAGGGCAUACAGGAAAUGGAUAGAUGACAAGAGGCAGGGCGUUGAGGAGCCUCUCCUUCCCGGUGUCGAAUUCUCUAACAACCAGCUUUUCUUCCUGAGUUAUGCUCAUGUGAGGUGCAAUUCCUACAGACCAGAAGCCGCCCGAGAACAAAUCCAAGUCGGUGCUCACAGCCCCCCUCAAUUCAGGGUCAAUGGUGCAGUUAGCAACUUUGAAGAAUUCCAGAAAGCUUUUAACUGUCCCUCCAAUUCCACGAUGAACAGAGGCACGGACUCCUGCCGACUCUGGUAGCUGGACUGCUGGUUCAUGGUUUAUGCUGGGAGAGCUGUACAGUGCCAGCAGAGGCUUCACUGAGCUCCCGUCACCUACUGCUUUAGGCCUGUGUUCCCUGGAGAAUGUUUAUUUUUUGACGCAUCUUUGUUAUUUGGGUGUCGCUUAGAUCUAAACAGUAUCUAUCCAAAGUUGUAAGGCUUCCAAAGUGGAAUACAAAAUGUUCAACCCAGGCUGUUUCUUUAGAAAACCAAACCAACAGGAGUAAAUCCCUAGGCUGCUUUUGUUAAAAUGCUGUCUGCUGUGUUGUUGCUAUUGUCCAUUUCAGCAUGGAAGCCACAGCUACGUGGUAUGUACCCUUUUAAUCUGCAGCUCUGCAGGGGCCCUAAGUAGAAACUAUCCAGAAAAAAAAAUUCUGUCUCUUCAACUUGGGCCCCCGGUGAUACGAGGACUUCUGGGAGGUCUUCCUGCUCCGUGGGACGCAGGGCUAGGUUUUGUGUAUUGUUGUUACAUAGCGUUUAUUAACUCUAAGGCAGUUACAUUAGAAAUUUGUUGACUCUUCAUUUCACAACUCUAGAUGAAGUUCUGGCCUUCCACUUUGGAGUCUGUUGGGAUGAAAACGUGCCUCACAGCUUGUGUGUGAUGUAGCCCAUCGCCCUGUCCGAGUCAGCAAAGCUGGCUGAAAGGCUGCUUGGUAAAGGUUUGAGUUUAUCAAAUAGAAAGAAAAGGGUCCAUCUGUAAGUCCCAGAAGAAGCCCCAAGUCCUAGUCAUGCAGCAGCCGGGAUGCUAGGAGAUGAAAUCUCCAAAGCUUGAUUCCAGUCUGCCCAAACCUUGGUCAUGAUGUCUUCUGCCUGAUACUUCCCUUCCAGUCCAGUUCCUACUGGUCUUGUUAUCCCCAUGUUUGUGCAUUCUCCCGUUGAUGAUAAGAGCAGGCAUCAAAAAAAUGAUUUCCUAAUUCCCCAUUAGGAGUGUAUGGCUUUCCUUCCUUUUUAGUGCAAAGGGACAGAGUGCCCACUGAAGAGGGUGCAAAGUGCCCUUUGGUUUGGGCUCAGUUAAAGUAACCUGUCUUUAAAAAAAAAAAAAACCUCUUUGAGGAAUGUCUUGAUUGAAGACAUUUUAGAAGUUAUUGAUUGGUUUUAAAAUCCCCUGCCUAGUCCAAAGAAACAAUUUUUACCCUUCAGGUCUUUAAAAGAGUCUGUAAGAAAGAGCAGUACUGGUUUCUGAUCCUCUGAGCUCCAUCCUCUCAGGUGAAGGACUCCAUCUCUUGUUAGAGGGUGUGUAUGGAGGAUAAAAUGGUAACAGUGGUUAUCUGGCAUUUUGGGUUUCUUAAAAAAAACCCAUCCCCCUUCGCAUUAGUCCUUGUACAUGUGAUUCUAGGUUAAGUAGGCCAAUAGAAAAGUCUCAAAAGCAAAAUGGCAAAUUUAGGAAGCCAUUUUGCAUCCCCGGGAUUUGUCAUCUUUUUUUUUUUUUAAUAUAAAUGUGUACCCCGACCUUGUAUAACCAUGGGAACUUCUGAAAGGAGAAAAAUGCAAGGGGCACUAUCAUGAGCAAACAAUUAUGCCGUGUUAGUCAGAGGAGAGCAAUGUCCCCCUUUAUUUCUUCCUCUCCGAAUGGAUAAACUCCUGAAGGGCAGCUACCUUUUCCUUCUGUUAACCACGCUUAAUGUGACCUUAGUUUGUCUUUUAAACACAAGCAGUUACAGGUGCUGGAAACUUACAUGUCUUUUUUCUAGAGGAAUUGUUCUGAUUUGGAUUAGACAUACAAGAUUCUCCUUGUUUUAUUCCUAUACUUGGAUAGUUAAAGUCAGCUGAGGUUUUUUAGGCUUAUAUGUAAAUAGUAUUUUCCUUCUAGAUUUCUUUUUUUAAAUUCCCAAUAAACACAUUCCUGCAGGUUGGAGAAAGUAUUUGAUAAAAGCAGAGAAUUAUAAUUGACUUUGAAAAUGGGACUCGUUCAGUCACUUGUUGGUUUAGGCAAACUAGUUGGUGAACAGUCAGGGCCCUCGCAGUUUCCACGUGGCAUGGCUACCUUGUUCCAAUUAACUUUACUUGAUGUAACUCAGUUACACCGAAAGUUGUAGAUAGGAUGGCCGUUAUUAAAAACGAAGCCCAAGCAGCCCAAAUCAUCACUACUAGCUGGAACAAUUGUCUCAUUGAUUGGAUUUCCAAAUACAUGCUCAUGUUUCAAUUUUCAGAGUACAUUUUUGUUGUCCUUUCUCUUCAGUACAGAUUGCUAAAGCAUCAGACACUGAUUAAGUGGUAGACAGAGGAAGGUCAAAUGGAACUGGAAGGGAGGGGGAGGAAAUCGGGAAAAGCUGACCUAAGAAUGGGACUCUGAAGAGACUACAGGAUUUGGGCAGUCCUUGCGAAGCACAUCCACUGGAGUAGAGCCAUAAAGUUUUACAAAAAUAAUUAUGCAGAAUUAAAAGGAAAUUAGAUAUUGGAUCUCAGACUAGGACUGCUGCAACACAUUUCUCUGAUUCAUACACCACCUGUUCUGCCAGUGAACUAUUGUCUGGGCAGUGGAAGGAGUUAGGGUUUUUUUUUUUGUGUGUAUGUGUGUGAAACUCUCUUGGAUUAGUUAAGGAUCUUAUGUGUAUAAAAUGGUCUUGUUUGGGCUUAUCAUCAUUGCCUAAAGUUUGUUGAGCUUUUCACCAACCACACAGCAUUGGCCUUCUACUUCCAUUUUUUCCUUUUAUGAGAUGGACUUGGAAGUGACUAAGGCAAGCUCAGGAUUCAUAAAUUAUCCUUAAGUUUAUUCAGUGCCUUUCCUCAAUGGAGCUUAAAGCACAGCACAUAAAUUUUAUCUUAUUUAGCCCUGGAGCAUCACUAAGAAGCAUCUGGGAACUAUGUCUUGCUACACAGGUUAUGCUUGUGCCAGAGCAGUUGGAGAGGUUUGAAAUUGCUUCUCAAGUAUACCAGGGUCAGGAAAGGCAGAGUCUUUGUUCUUCAGGCUGCUGACCUUUGUAUUAACCUUCAACUCUUAGGUUACCCCAUUUCUGAAUAUAUUUAUUCCAUCAUUAUUUCUGUAAUCACUUAGCAUUUGAUAGGCUUCUUCCUUGAUAUUUUUAACAUGAUGUUUCAGUUACAUAUUAAAUUAUGGAAGAAUAUGUGAUUAUUUCAUGCAGCAAUAUUCUCAUUGCCAGUGGGGGUGCCCACUGAAGAAUGGUCUUCUUAGAUUAUGCAUUAUAUCGAAAUGGUCAUUGUAUUUUCUUCCCCUACUUGUGAAACAAUGUGAGCAAUCAUUUUAAGGACAAUAAAAAAAUGAAGAUUUUC